AUGGUUAAGGCAAACUGGGAUUUGUGUGGAUUAGAUGCAAUGUCUCAGGAAGAGGAAGCACUUGAAACUUAUAAGCUUAUAACAGGAAACAAUGUCUCAUUUCCUCAAUUUCAGAUCCAUAAUAAGAAGAAUACUGAAGAUGAAUGGAUCGCAGCUUCCCCUCAUGGGGUGGUCUACCAGGUUGUUUGUGGUUUACCUUCCAGUGGGGUGCUGGAGAUUAAGUGCCCAUUUUUUGGUGGUGACAUGCAGAAGGCUUUCCCAUGGAAACGAAUCCCUCUUUACUGCAUUCCACAAGCUCAGGGAUUAAUGGAGAUAUUGGAUCGGGACUGGAUGGAUUUCUAUGUCUGGACUUCUAACGGAGGCAGUUUAUUCAGAUUAGAAAGAGAUGUAGGGUACUGGAUCCUUCUGAAGGAGGCUUUAUCUAAUUUUUGGUGGGAGCAUGUCCAACCUGCAAGGGAGCUCUGCAGUAAGUCUCAGAUCACAGAUCCUCUUAUUCAGUUGAGAUCACUCGUGCCGACACCAAGGCAUAGACUGUGUCCGGCCAUUGUUUAUGCUAGCAAAUACCUUGUGGAUGAUUCCAAGUUAUUAAUGCGAGAAAUUCAUGGAAAACUUAUAAAUUGA